UCUCAGCCCGAAGUACGGCACCAACCAAAUAUGGCACGCCUCGCCGCCGUGGUCGUGGCCCUUGCAGCCACCGCCGCGGUGGCCGGCGCCGCCGAGACCUACUACGCGUCCGUGGAGAACCAACUCCCGGCGCAGGGCAUGAAGCUCGUGUGCCAGGCGAUCGGCGGCAUGUUCCUGACGGAGCUCAGCGUUGUGCCCCGCGGCCGCGUGCCCCACGGCAAGGCCGGGCGGCGCAUAGCCGAGCUGAUGGUGGAGGACGGCCGGAACGGGUGGGUGCGCUGCAACUGGGCGUACGCCGGCAACUACGUCGCUGGCCUCACCCUGCUCGACUCGCGGUGGCCGGACGCCAAGAAGUGCCAGGACCCUGCCGGCCAAGGCCUGUGCCGCGUCGUGUUCGAGCACGACGCCAUGAUCCUCAAGACGCCCGACGGCGGGGAGCGCGUGAUCGGCGACCUGCCGGUGAAACGCUGCCGCCGGCACUGGCUGCUGUUCAGCACCGAGUGCUCGUACCCGGACCACCCUCAUCCGUACGUCGGCCGCCGCCUCGGCAACGCCUUCCAAUACUUCGCCAUCUGAUUGCCUGCCCUCUCGGUGUCGGUUGUAAUUGGGCCAGAGGGGUGCCAACCAAUUUGGGAGUCCAAUUUUGUAAACUUUUACAAGGCCUUCCAAUACAAUACAAAUUACAAA